UCACACCACAGAGAGGCUCAAAAGUUGAUGGAUCUGCGGUGGUGUGACUUUUGUUAUUAUUGAUACGGAAUGGAGAAAGUUACGGCCGAUGGAAGGAUUAAGACGCUGAUAGAGAAUAAUGCGAAGCUUGGGCAUCGGGCUUUGCUAACUAUAUUGGGAGAAAAUGCGAGAGAUCAGGUUAUGAUCAUUCAUCAUCUGGUGUCCAAGGCAUCAGGUGAGAGACCCUCCGUGUUAUGGUGCCACAAAAAAGAUUCAGAUGUCCCAAGACAAAGUCGAAAGCAGUUGAAAAAGCUUGAGCAAAGACUCAAAUCAGGAAAGUGCGACAUAUCACAGGAGAAUGCCUUUCACAUAUUCCUGCUGUCGACCUCUGUUAGAUACUGCUCCCUUUCUGAUACCCAGCGAGUCCUGGGUAACACAUAUGGAAUGUGUGUUAUACAGGAUAUUGAAGGUUUAACCCCCAACACAUUAUGUCGUGUUGUGGAGACAGUAUCAGGGGGAGGUGUUGUCCUCUUCUUGUUGCCGGGAAUGCAGUCUUUGUGUCAACUCUUUUCCCUCACCAUGGACUCACAUAGUAGACUGAAGACUUACUCUCAUCCCAAAGUCACUCCAUUGUUUAACAAACGAUUUGUAUUAUCCUUGGGCUGGUGCAAGUCAUGCCUAAUUGUGGAUGACAAGCUUCAGCUGAUGUCAGAACUACCAUCCUUAGCGGGUCCUGUGAAACCUUUGGCAAAGUCCAAGCUACAAGAGAUGGAGUCUUUGCAAGAACAACUGCAGAACUUGCAGAAGAGCCUUGAGGAUGCAGACAAACCACUUCCGCAGUUGGUGGGAUGUUGCAAGACCCUUGACCAAGCUAGAGCCCUCCUCAAGAUGAUAGAUGUGAUCACCGAGAAGGGUGGAAAAGGGCUGCUCUCAGUCACAGCUGGACGUGGUCGGGGAAAGUCAGCUGCUCUGGGGUUGUCGGUUGCAGCCGCAGUGCACUUUGGUCUCAACAACAUCUUUGUGACGAGCCCCUCCCCAGAGAACUUGAACACCUUCUUUGAGUUCAUCUUUAAAGGUUUUGAUGCACUGGGAUAUGAGGAACAGAAUGACUAUGAGAUCAUCCAGUCCACAAAUCAAGAGUUUAAUGAGGCAAUAGUGCGUGUAAAUGUAUUUAGAGAAUUUCGCCAAACUAUACAGUAUGUUGAUCCAGUAGAUGCCAGUAUGUUGGGACAGUGUGAGUUACUGGUGAUAGAUGAAGCUGCUGCCAUUCCCCUACCCCAGGUCAAGGCACUUAUUGGAAACUACAGCGUCUUCAUGGCAUCAACGAUCAAUGGGUACGAGGGGACUGGAAGAUCUUUGUCCCUAAAGCUUCUUCAACAGCUGAGACAACAGUCUAGCUCAGCAGGAGCUACAGCAGCAAAGUUAGUUGAUAUUUCAUCAGAAAUGACCUCAAGCCGCACCUUGCACGAGGUAACACUAGAGGAAAGCAUUCGUUAUGGAAGUGGGGAUUCUGUAGAGAGGUGGAUGCAUCAGCUGUUGUGCCUUGAUGCUACAUCAGAAGUGUUCCAGACUUCCACUUGUCCCCCACCACAAACUUGUCAGUUGUAUUAUGUUAAUAGGGAUGUCUUGUUUAGUGGCCAUAAAGAAAGUGAAGACUUCCUUCACCAGGUGAUGUCCCUUCUGGUGUCAUCCCAUUACCGCAACUCUCCUGACGACCUGCAGGUGCUGUGCGAUGCUCCAGCACACCAUCUCUUUGUGCUUCUUCCUCCUGUUGUGUCUGGCAUGACUUCAUUUCCGCCAGUCCUUGCUGUGGUGCAGGUAUGCCUGGAAGGAGGGAUACCCAAAUCUGUGUCUGACGGCAAUAAAAGCAGAGGCGAGCGGCCCUCAGGUGAUCUGGUGCCCUGGGCCAUGGCAUUGCAGUACCUUGACACCAGCCUGACGGAGCAAGUUAGUGCAAGAGUUGUCAGAGUGGCUGCUCAUCCCGAUUAUCAGGGUAUGGGUUAUGGAUCAUGUGCCAUCAACCUGUUGAGUGAUUAUUACAGCGGAAAGCACAUCUCUCUGGAGGACAAGCAGGACUCAGGUGUUGGCACUGAUGAGGAGGACAAGGACAGUGAUGCCAUUGUACCCCGCAAGAGUGGCAAACCCCUUCUCUCCAAACUGAGCGAACGAGUGCCAGAGUCCAUCGACUACCUGAGUGUGUCAUAUGGGUUAACAUUGCCCCUGCUGAAGUUCUGGUGCAGGGGAGGCUAUAUUCCUCUGUAUAUCAGCCAGGUUGCGAACAAAGUAACCGGCGAGCACAGUUGCAUGAUGGUGAAGCUGAUGGACAGCGGUGAUGGAGAAUCUCCGUUAGCCAAGAACGAAUGGGUAAAGAAUGCAUCCCGGGAGUUCAUAAGAAGGUUUAUUUCCCUUCUUGGAGGGCCUUUCUCCAAUCUGCCGUCCUUGUUGGCACAGAAGGUCAUCCAGUCCCACUCAACCACGGAGGAGAAAGAGAUUAAAUGGAAAGAACUGAAGAGUAUGGUGUCAGGUCAUGAUCUCCAGCGACUAGAAAAAUAUUCAAACAACUUGGCAGAUAGAUAUCUUGUAACUGACCUCUUGCCUAAUAUUGCAACACUUUUCUUCUUGAACAAACUCCCAUCAGUGCAUUUAUCACCAGUACAGUCAGGCCUCUUAGUGGGACUGGGCCUGCAGAUGAAGACCAUGGACAAUGUGGUUGCCAUGCUAGACAUCACCCUUGAAUCAGCGCUCGGCCAGUUCAACCGUGCGAUACGACGCCUUCUAAAAACAAUGACCAACAUACAGGAGUCGUCCCUGGCUCAGCAUCUCCCUGCUCCCGUUUUGCCUGAAUUUGUGCCAGUCGACAUAACUCUUGACCAGGACUUAAAUCAGGCUGCCGAGGACUUUGAACGAGACCAGAAGAAGAAGGAGAAGCUUCAGGAGAUCAACAGCCUCAUCAUGGGAGACGUGAGGAGGUACAAGAUCCAGGGCGAUGACAGGGCUUGGGAGUCUGUUCUGGAGGGCGGCGCUGGUGCCUCGGUCACUAUCAAGAGCGCCAAAAGAACAUCAAAGAUGACAGAUAAAGAGUUGGAGAAUAUGUUGGAAGCUCCCACCAAGAAGAAGAAGACCAAAGAUGCCCAAGGGGGUAAACAGGUAAAAGACAAGAAAAACAAGAAAUUUGGAAAGAAGAGAUAGUAGAGUGUAAAAUAAAACUUUCUUUAACAAAAUAUCAAAUAUU